GGUCACGUGGCCGGCAAGGCCGUUGGGCGGGGGCCUGGCUGGUGCUCCGCAGCUGUCUGUGACACCCGGAGCCCGCGGGCCGCUUCGGCCCCCAGAGAGCCCGGCAUGGUACGCGCGGGCGCCGUGGGGUCUCAUCUCCCUGCGUCCGGCUUGGACAUCUUUGGGGAUCUGAGGAAGAUGAACAAGCGCCAGCUCUAUUACCAGGUCUUAAACUUUGCCAUGAUUGUAUCUUCUGCGCUCAUGAUCUGGAAAGGCCUGAUCGUUCUCACUGGCAGCGAGAGUCCCAUCGUGGUGGUGCUGAGUGGCAGCAUGGAGCCAGCCUUUCACAGGGGCGACCUUCUGUUCCUAACAAAUUUCCGAGAAGACCCGAUUAGAGCUGGUGAAAUCGUUGUUUUUAAAGUCGAAGGCCGAGACAUUCCAAUAGUUCACAGAGUAAUCAAAGUUCAUGAAAAAGAUAAUGGAGACAUCAAAUUUCUGACUAAAGGAGAUAAUAAUGAAGUUGACGAUAGAGGCUUGUACAAAGAAGGCCAGAACUGGCUCGAAAAGAAGGAUGUGGUGGGGAGAGCCAGAGGGUUUUUACCAUAUGUUGGUAUGGUCACCAUAAUAAUGAACGACUAUCCAAAAUUCAAGUACGCUCUUUUGGCUGUAAUGGGUGCAUAUGUGUUACUAAAACGUGAAUCCUAAAAUGAAAGGCAAUUCCUGGGACCAGACAGAAAUAAAUUCUGUUGAAAAAGAGAAAAGCUAAUAUAUUUGAAAUGUUCCACUUUCUGUAUAAAAGGAAACAAUGUGGAGACGUUUUUGUCUUGUUUGAAUAAACG